AUGGCGGCCAUGGCGGGAGCGCUGCGGGCCCUGGUGCGGGGCGGCCGCGGUGCCUCGGCCAUGGGGGUGUCGCUGUCACCGCCGAGCGCGGCCCGGGGGCUCCCGGUUUGCAGGCUGAAGUCAUCAGUCAGCUUUCUUACUCGACCUGAUCGACCCAACCUUGCUUAUCAUAAAGUAAAAGGCAGGAGUCCAGGGGUUAUUUUCCUUCCAGGCUAUAAUUCAAAUAUGAAUGGUGAAAAAGCAACUGCCCUUGAAGACUUUUGCAAAUCACUAGGUCAUUCCUUCAUCAGAUUUGAUUAUACAGGAUGUGGAAGUUCAGAUGGUAUCUUUGAGGAGUGUACAGUUGGGAAGUGGAGAAAAGAUGUCCUGUCUGUACUGGAUGAACUUACAGAUGGACCACAGAUUCUGGUGGGUUCCAGCAUGGGUGGAUGGCUGAUGCUUCAUGCUGCAAUAGCACGCCCAGAUAAAGUAGCUGCUCUGGUUGGAGUAGCUGUAGCAGCAGACCACCUUGUAACAAGUUUCAAGAGGCUUCCCAUUGAGGCACAAAAGGAAAUAGAAGAAAAAGGUGAAUGGAAGUUUCCAACAAAGCAUAAUGAGGAAGGAUAUUACUCCUUGACAUAUGACUUUAUCAAAGAAGCAGAAAACCACUGUGUGCUGAAUAGUCCUAUUCCUAUAACAUGUCCCUUACGACUUAUUCAUGGCAUGAAGGAUGGUGAUGUCCCUUGGCAGAUCUCUAUGCAAGUUGCCGAUCGCGUGUUGAGCAAAGACGUGGAUGUUAUCCUGCGCAAAAUUGGCCAACACCGCAUGAGUGAGAAGGAGGACACGAAACUCCUUGUGAAUACUGUUGAUGAUUUAAUUGACAAGCUGUCAACACUAGCAUAAGCUGCAGAGUAGCACUAGUGCAUGAACUCUACACCUGACUCUUUUCCUUGAGUAGCAGAAGCCCUGUUCUUAACCAGAUGAUGGCAGGCCUGUGACUAUCACAGUAGGAACUGAGCUUUAUCUGCUGUUUUCUUACCUCUGUAUUGUAAAUACAGGUAUUGUAUUAUUGCUGCAUUUGCACACAGUCCAAAAUGUAAAGGAGUGCUGCUCUUUUGUUCAGAACCUCUCCUUCAGCACUUAAACCUUUUUUUUUUCCACAGAUUUCCUACAAUUUUGUACUGAAAUGUUGAUUAAUUUUUGUUACUAUUGGCCUGUACAGUAAAACUUUAUUUUCACAUCUUUGAAACCUUUUAGUAUUGUCCUUCUGCUGUAACAGUAUUGUAUCUUAUGUCUGAAACCAUCUGUGCAAGGCAAAAUACAACUUGUUUACUGAAGUUAAUUAUUAGAAAUAGUGAAUACCAUGAAGCACAAUAAACAGAUUUCAGAUAAAUGAUUAUUUUGUUCUUAAGUACUGUUAAAAUUAAAAAGUGGAAGGCAGACUCUGAUGGCAUGCUUGGGGUGCUACGUAAGAAAGAAUUUAACUUCUAAGAAUACAGGGCCUCAAAAUUUUAAGACUUCUCUUAUCUAUUGUUAUCAGGAGGGUAUAUGUUGUCUUUUCCAGGCUGCCUGUUUGUAAUAGUUCAUUGUGGGCCUCCUGUUAAGGGAGCAAUAUAUAAUCUUGGUGUGAACUGAAA